CAUACGUUACCUCUCUUCACAACAAGCCCUACCUUCUUCACAACACCCACCGCGGCUAACCUGAUUCAAUUCUCUACUCAUUUCCUUCCAUUUCAAUCCUCAUACAAACCCUAAUAUUCUUUCUAUCUAAAAUUUCAUCUCUAUAUAAUUUGCUUACCUUUUCAUAAUCCUAACAUUUAAUCAAUUUCCAUUUUCAAAUCCCAAUAAUCUUUUUCUGGACCCGAACUUUUCUCUUUCCACAACCAAUCCGUCUUCUCGGAGCUUUAAUUCUCAAAUUUUUAUCUUUUGAUGGCGGUUAAUAUUUUGUUUCGUUAAAAAAUUGGGUUGUUUGAUUUGUUUAAUAACUAUUGUUUUUGAGUUUCUCUUCUUGUCUGUCCACAAACCACGAUUUGAAAAUUUUGGAUAAAGUAUUAUUUAACCCUCCAGAUUCAAACAAUUCACUUUCGCCUCUGAAACGGGACUUCAUUCUAUUUACACCCCUGUUGUUGAUCUAAUCGAAUUCAAAUUUAUACCGGAAAGGAAAAAGAAUGGUGGGUGGUGGUAGCAGGAGAGACGAUGGAUUGGUCAUCAACAACAACAACGUGUUCGCAGCGCUGGAGAGUCUGAGGAAGAAAAAGAAGUCCGAUAAAGAAAGCGGGUCUUCCAAAAGCAGCGGCAAAGGGUCUUUCAAGUCACAGCAACAACAGAACAAAGCUCCCGAGGAGACUCCGGUGUUUUGGGCCCCAUCCCCGUUGAAAGUCAAAUCAUGGGCUGAUGUUGAUGACGACGACGAUUAUUACGCCACCACGGCCCCACCCCAGUCGGUCUGGGGAUCGUCCGAGGAGGCGCAGGAUCACGAGAAGCUUACCAAUGUUGAGGAUAGUGAGAGUGAAGAAGAUAUUCUAGAUGAAGGCGAUGAUGAUGUUGAGGAAGAGCAUGCCCACGAACCUGAGGUUCCAGUACACCAUGAACCAGUGGUGCAGACGCCUUCUGAAGGUUCUGUGUCAUCUAAUAAGGAGACAGAGAAGCAACUUUCAAAAAAGGAGAGAAAGAAGAAGGAGCUUGCUGAGCUUGAAGCUCUUCUAGCUGAUUUUGGAGUUGCCCCAAAAGAUAGCAAUGGCCAAGUUGAAUCACAGGAUGCACAAAGCAAGAAAGAUGGGGAACCCAACAAAGAGGGAGAAAAGAAGGAAAAUGCUCCUGGAGAAUCCAAAAGUGCUAAGAAGAAGAAAAAGAAGGAUAAAUCUUCAAAGGAGGGUCAGUCUAAUAAUUCAGAUGUUGCUAACGGGCCAAAUAAAGUGGCUGGAACUGAGCAGGUACAGCAGGAUGCAUCUACUGUUGAUGUGAAAGAGCGUUUAAAGAAGAUGGCAUCUUCAAAAAAGAAGAAAUCUAGUAAAGAGAUGGAUGCUGCUGCAAAAGCUGCCGCUCAAGAGGCUGCUGCAAGGAGUGCAAGACUUGCGGCAGCAAAGAAGAAAGAAAAGAACCAUUAUAACCAGCAGCCAGGGCGGUAAAAAGUAAAAACCAUUUUAUUUCACAGGAUAUAUGAACAUGUAUUUCUUGUUCAUAUAAAUGACAAGGUGAAAUUAAAUGGGGUGGUAUGUUACUGGUUUCCUAAAAGAUGACAUAUUAGUUGUAUUGCCCAUGGACUAGAGAAAGUUCAUUUGGGCAUUUUGGGUCUUAAUUGUUCUGUUGUCAUUGGACUCUGAUUGUUUUUUUGGCAGUUUUGUUCAUUCCAGAUUCUUACCUCAGUAGUUGUUGAUAACUGUAUUGAAGUACUUCUCCCAGGGUCUUAUUACUGAUCAGUUCUUGUGGAGGGACGGUCAAAUGAGAAAUUUUGCAAUUUCUUUUUUA